AUGAAUUUGACAGUCACCAAGACUCGCCUAAAGGGCGCACAGACCGGCCACUCGCUGCUGAAACGCAAGAGCGAGGCUCUGACCACACGAUUCCGCGCAAUUGUCCGCAAGAUUGAGGAUGCAAAGUUAAAGAUGGGCAGGGUAAUGCAGAAUGCCUCAUUCUCACUGGCCGAGGUGGCCUACAUUACGGGCGACAUCAGCUACCAGGUGCGUGAAAGCGCCAAGCACGCGACCUUCAGAGUCUCGGCCAAGCAGGACAACGUUUCUGGUGUCCUUUUGCCUGCCUUUGAGCCGGCCAUGCAGCCGGGUAGUCAAUUUGAGCUCACAGGCCUUGGGCGUGGCGGUCAGCAAAUUCAGAGAGCAAGGGCGGUGUAUACAAAGGCUGUGGAAACUCUGGUGGAGCUGGCCUCUUUGCAGACCGCCUUUGUCAUACUCGACGAGGUCAUCAAGCUGACCAACCGUCGCGUCAACGCUAUCGAGUACGUCAUUAUCCCGAGGAUCGAAAACACUAUUUCAUAUAUCAACUCGGAGCUUGAUGAGCAGGACCGUGAGGAGUUUUAUCGUCUGAAGAAGAUCCAGGGAAAGAAGAAGGACAGGGCGGUGGCUGCUCAGAAGUUGCUCGACGAAAAGGCCAAGCUUGCUAUUGUCGACGGCAGCAUCCAUGGCGCUGUCAGUCAGGAGGAAGCCCAGUUGGGAGUGCGUAACAUCCUGGCCGAGCAGGUCGACGAGGAUAUCAUUUUCUAA